AUGACGGCAGUUCCAAUCUGAAUCUCAAUAAGCGAACAACGUAAAGUGAAAAACAGCAAUCAUGACCAUUGAAAUCAACACACCCGAUAAAUUGGAGUACCAGUUCUUCCCGGCCAGCGGUGGAGUGUUCACCUUCAAGGUGCGCUCGCCCAAGGAUGCCCAUCUGGCUCUGACCCCCUCCCCACAAGAGAGCGGACCCAUCUACGAGAUCUUCCUGGGCGGAUGGGAGAAUAGCAAGUCGGUGAUCCGCAAGGACCGCCAAAAGCCCGAGUUGGUGGAGGUGCCCACGCCCGGGAUUCUGGACGCCGGAGAGUUCCGCGGCUUCUGGAUUCGCUGGUACGACAAUGUCAUUACUGUGGGUCGUGAGGGCGAUGCUGCCGCCUUCCUCUCUUACGAUGCCGGAGACCUGUUCCCGGUGAACUUUGUCGGCAUCUGCACGGGCUGGGGUGCCAGCGGUACCUGGUUGUUGGAUGACUCUGCCCCAUCGGCCCCGGCCAUGGGCUUUGCUGCUCCAACGGGCAGUGGUCCCGGAUGCUGGGUGCCAGCCGCCAACGGAGAGGUGCCACCAAAUUCCAUGCAGGGAGGAUUCGACGGAAGCGAGCAGUUGUACAUUGCUCGCGCACGCCAUGAGGGUGAUCUGAUUCCCGGCAAGCUGCAUCCUUCGCACGGGGUCACCUACAUUGCCUACGGAGGCGGCGAGCACGGACACGGCGAAUACGAGGUCCUGUGCGCCGGCGGCGGCCAAUGGGUCCCCGUCGAGGCUGGCAACAUUCCACCCAACGCGCUGCCCGCCGGCGAGACUGCCGAAGGUGAGCCCCUGUUCAUCGGCCGCGCCACCCACGACGGCACCAUAACCGUGGGAAAGGUUCAGCCCUCUCACGGCUGCUGCUACAUCCCCUACGGCGGCGAGGAGCUGGCCUACAAGGAGUUCGAGAUCUACGUCGCCAACUAAAUCUGGGAUACCCUUUGGGAAUCUCGGAAUCUCUGAGGAAACACGCACUGAAUCACAAUUGUUUAUCUGCGCGGCUUACAGUUCAACUGGACGCAUAAAUUAUGGAUUAUAUUUA